AUGGCGGAGCUCAAAUCGCUUGUUCACUUACGCGGACAGGUGAAGGCGAAAGUGACGCGCAUCCGCAAAGCCGUCGAAGAAGCAUCCGGAGCUGGAGCAGUGCAAUUGGAUCCGGCCCAGUUGAAGCUGUACCAGCGGAAUUUGGAAACCCACUACAAGGAGUAUUGCGAUUUGCACCGACAGAUCGUAACGUUGACGCCCACCGAGAAGCUGGCCGAGCAGGAUGAAACCUACAUCUUUUUCGAAGCCCAGCACAACGAAACCUGUUUGUUGGUCGAAACGCUGAUCCAGUCCAUGACCGACACCCCUGAUAUGAGACUGGCACGGCGUAACCAACAAGAAGAACCACCCCGCAUUAUCGUCCAGCAGCAACCGCUGAAGGCACCCAUCCCCACCUUCGAUGGGAAACCAGAGAACUGGCCGCGCUUCAAGACCAUGUUUCUCGACGUGAUGAAGACCUCCACAGAUUCCGAUGCCAUCAAGCUCUACCACCUGGAUCGAGCCUUGAUCGGCGGUGCAGCAGGAAUCAUCGAUGACUGUACCAUGCAGUCCAACAACUACGCCCAUGCAUGGAAGCUGCUCGAGGAGCGAUUCGAAGACAAGCGCCUCAUCGUAGAUACCCACAUCAUGGGUAUGCUACAGCUGAAGAAGAUGACCCGACCCAGUGCGAAGGAGCUCCGUGAGCUGAUCGACGAUGUAACCCGGCACAUCGACGGUCUAACCCUGAUGAAGGAGCAGAUGCUUGGAAUGUCUGAGCGCUUCGUCGUGAACCUGGUUGCGACAGCGUUGGACAGCCGAACCCGAAUGAAGUGGGAAGCAACCGUGCCCCACAAACAACUACCAACCUACAAGGACACGAUGGAUUUCCUGAAGAAACGCUGCUCUAUCCUUGAGCGGUGUGACGAAGCGACUACGAAGCCUACUCCGAAGCCGUAUCCAGCGAAGAGUUCCAGCCAACUGAAGACGUAUGCUAUCACCGAGAAAGCAGAACCGACCUGCCGAGUGUGUGGCAACGGAAGCCACCCGAUCUACAAAUGCGACGCCCUACGCCAGAUGUCCGUUCCAGAACGAGAAGCCAAGUCUGAUGUGUCCCCACCCAAAUCCAGAUCCGAUGAAUCGGAUUCCGAAAUCGAACCCCAACAACUACAGUCCACUUCUGCCGUCUAUUCCGCCAAGAAAGUCUAUCCCAUGUGCAACAGCCUCUUGAUGACAGCGAUGGUCCAAGUGUUUGAUGCUGAUGGGAAGCUGCAGCCUUGUCGAGUAUUCCUUGACAGUGGUUCUCAAGCACACAUUGUGUCACGCAAACUUGUUCAAUCUCUGAAACUUCCCCGGCUCGCAACGAAGAUCGAUAUCGUUGGAGCAAACAAUCAAAAGUCGUCCUUGUCUGAAGUGGUGAAGCUUCAGAUCAAAUCACGUUAUUCAAAUUACACUGAGCAGUUAGAGUGUCUUGUCGCCAAUCAAGUCACUGGACAAAUUCCGUCAGUUCCCAUCGACAUCAAGACUUGGAACAUCCCGCCUGGAUUUACCCUUGCCGAUCCCAACUUCCAUAAUCCCGGUGAAAUAGAUCUCCUAAUUGGCAUUCAGCAUUUCUUCAAGCUGAUGAUGCCAGGUCAAAUCAAACUGUCCGACGAUUUACCGAUCCUCCAGGAAACCCGUCUUCGUUGGGUAGUCGCUGGAGCAGUUAACCCAGCUCGCUCGAAGCAGAACCGAUACACAAAUCAAGUCAUCUCGAACAAGCCCACUCCAGCGGAUCAAAUUGCCUCUAACUUUGUUUCCGUCAACUCCGCCAUGCUGUCUAACCCGCCGGAGCCACCUUCUUCGCUGGCGGGAGAAUGUUCGCGCACAACGCGAACGGUGUGCAGCGUUUCAACCCUGGUCUAUGAACGUCCGGACGGGGACUUCCCGGACGAAACCGAUCGUCAACGAUCAGAAAUCCCGACUGGGAACAAUCGCCGUUAUCGUUCGAGGCCGGCUCCCAUCAGCGACGGCCAUUCUACGACGGCCAUUGCUGUUCAGCAUUUCGCCGAUUCCGUCGGUGUCCCUCAUUGGCAUCCGUUGACCGCUACUAUUAUCGGUCCACCACGAACUUUCUCCGAAGAACAUCAGACCGGUCCACCGGCUCCCGAAACUGUUCCAGCUCAACCGGCUGCAGCUGUCAUUCCUCGCCCCGGAUUCGUUCGAUCCCGUUACGGCUUCGAUCCUGUUCCGGUCAAAUGA